CUUAUAUACAUGUAAAAGCCACAACCUCCAAGAAUCAUCAUCAUUAUCAAGCAAUAUAAUAAAAAGCAGCCAACCCCAUGUUCUAGAUUUGUAAUCUUUUUGGUAAUCUAAUUUCUUUUUAUAUAUUUCCACUUUCUAUUAUUUGAUUGGUCUUUCCUAUUGCUUGCCUUGUAACUCAAAACCAGCUUGGAAAAUUUGGAAAUAUUCUGGUCAGAUCUUGCUUUGUUGGGUUUUUAUUUAAUUCCAAACUCAUCAGCAUCAUCACCAUAGAAAGAAAAUAAACCCAACUUUUGUCCAUUUUUCAUUUCUAUUUUGUUUUGAAAAAAGAGUUUGAGAAAUGGGAAUGGCAGCUGCAGAUCUACAGUUUCAUGUUUUAGCUGUUGAUGAUAGCUUGAUAGAUAGAAAGCUUAUUGAAAGGCUCUUUAGAAUCUCUUCUUGCCAAGUCACUACUGUAGAUUCUGGAAGUAAAGCUUUGGAAUUUCUUGGUUUACAAGAGCAUGACCAAAAUCAACCUUGUGUUUCUCCUAGCAACCAACAGGAAGUGGAAGUUAAUCUUAUUAUCACAGAUUACUGUAUGCCUGGGAUGACAGGCUAUGAUUUGCUAAAGAAAAUUAAGGAAUCUUCAUCUCUGAGAAAUAUACCUGUAGUCAUUAUGUCAUCUGAAAAUGUUCCUUCAAGAAUUAGUAGAUGUUUAGAAGAAGGGGCAGAAGAAUUUUUUCUGAAACCAGUGAGAUUAUCAGAUGUUAAUAAGCUUAGACCCCAUAUGAUGAAAACUAAGUGUAAAAGCCUGCCCCAACAAGAAGCUGAGAAAAUGGUCACAAAACCAAAACAAGAAUCUAUUGAAAUUGCAAAUGUUCAAUCACAAGCACAAGAGCCUGCAGAACCACAAACAGAAUCAGAGACAGUACAACAGCAACAAAAAUCACAAGCCAAUAAUAAUAACAACAAGAGAAAGGCCAUGGAAGAAAAUCUAUCACCAGAUAGAACAAGGCCAAGAUACAGUAGUGGCCUCACUGCAGUCUAAUCAGGAUCGUCACCUCGUGCCAUAAGGUGUUUUGGCUUAAGUCCUGCAACGAGUGCAACCCUCGUGUUUAGUUGCUAUCGUUUAGUUUGAAACCUUGAAUUGAGUGCCGGUGAUAAGCCGGAGGAAGGUGAGGAUGACGUCAAGUCAUCAUGCCCCUUAUGCCUUGGACCCUGCCUCGUCUAUGUUUUUGACAGCCCAUCUUUGUCUCCGUAGAGUCUUUCAAUGGCACGUCUCAGGCCUCUUCCCUUAGCCUCACUGCAGUCUAAUCAGGAGUGCAAAUAUGUAAACUUUUUUUGUUCUUUCCCAAUUUGGAAAUUACUACAGAUAACCUCCUUUUUUCACAUUUUUUUAGGAUAAUGCAAGAUGACCUCAAUGUAGAUUUUACAUGGGAAAAACUUUCAUCCAGUUUUGUUUUGCUAAUCUUAAGAGGGGAACAUUAGUAUUGCCAAUGUAGAUAGAAAUGUGCUGAAAUUUACUUCUUGUAAAUAGACAAGCAUUUACUAUAGAAGAGGCAUUCUCUUUUAAUUUAA